CCCCGACCUGUCUUCUUACAGCGAGAACAAGUAUUACACUAGAGCCCUCAGGGGGAAAAGAUAAAAGUUAGGUUUCCAUUUACUCCCUGUGGGUGUCUGUGGGGAGAGAACACUCUGUUGGGCACACCUUCCUGCCAGCUUCGAAGCAGGAGUCUUCGAACACAGAAUUACACCGGUUUUUUCCCACCUGAAUUCUGCCUCAGCACCAACGUAACAGAGCCAGCUGGAUCUCAGCACCAACGGCUGAAAUGUUUCCUAUUAGCACAUUCCUCUGUUUGACAGCAUAUACGCAUGUCAGAAGACAGGGCUAAUGGGAAUGAGAAGCCAAACAUAACAAAUCAGCUCCUCUGUAAUGGAAGGACCUGUUAAACUUAUGACACUGUACGAGCUACCUGGAUUCAUAUUUAUAAUUCGACAAGAGUCUAGGCUGUGUGGAUCCAUUCAUGGGGCAAUUCAAGAGCUACAAGAUUCUGACUGUGGGGUUGGUCGUUCUGGUUUUGGUGUUCUGCCUCAUGAUGUAUUGGCCCAAGCCCAUGAUCCAUUGGCUUGCACAACCCAAUCCUGUCUCUGAGUAUGUCUCAGAAUCCAUCGACUGGGACUCUCUCACUCAUGAACUCUCCAACCUGACCAACCUUCUAUACUGGCCUCCAACUGGUGGACACAGGGAUCACUUUUUGGACUCUACCAGCCCCAAAACCUCCUCCUACCACUUGAAGGGUCCUGCCCAGGCCAAUUAUACUCUGGGAAGUAACCUAGAGGCCAUCCUGGUGGCUAGGGAUCACUGGGGUAGGCCCAAGGCUCAUGGAGGAGAUCUGUUUCAGGCACAGCUGCUGGGCCCAGAAUUGAGAGCAGGAGUCCCAGGGGAGGUGAAGGAUCUGGAGAAUGGCACUUACCUCUUGUCCUUCCCCCUGCUCUGGGCUGGCUGGGCCCGGGUGCAAGUGCGGCUGAUCCACUCCAGCGAGGCAGUUGGGGUCCUGCAAAGAGUCUGGAGAGGAAAACGAGCCACUGUUGAUUUCAGAGGGUAUUUCCAAGGAACAGAUGGCUCUCAAGAGACUGUCAUCUGUAACGUGGACCCCCAGUCAACUGGAGCCAAAGGGCCUACCUGCCAGUACAAGGAUGUGGUUUCUGAGGAGAUCUGGUUCUGUGCUCAACCCCCUACUUUGCCCUGCAAUGCUCUAGUGGGUCACUCAAGUGGAAGUUAUCUGAAGGUGACCACGUCACAUGAUGAAGACCUACUGGCUGGGAACGUGACUGACCAGAAACUCCCUUCAGGAAUACCUCCAAUCCUGGUCGUACCAGCAGCCCGGGGGAACGUGAGUAACUUGGGCCAGAAGCUGACACAACUGGUUGUUUCAGUGCUGAGACUUGAACCUAGAGAAUCAAAUACAAUAGCCUUGCCCUCAAGGCCCCCAUGCCGCCCUGGUCACCUGUCUCUGAAACCCUCCGGCUUCUACCACCAAGACAGAUGGCACUCAACAUUUUGUUCUAGCCGCUCUUUCCCCACUGUGGACAGCAUCCGGAACUGCCUGGCUGGCCGCAUUGUCUACAUGAUGGGGGAUUCCACACUUCGGCAGUGGUGGGAGUAUCUUCGAGAUACAGUGCCCUCACUGAAGCCAGUUGAUCUACAUGCCACUUAUCAGGUAGGUCCCCUGAUGGCCGUGGAGACAACUCGGGGGACAGUGCUGCACUGGAGGGCCCACAGCUGGCCCCUGCGUUCUCUCCGCACCCCAGUGGCCUCCCUGCACUCUGUGGCCAGAGAACUACAUGGCCUGGCUGGGGGACCCUACACGGUGGUGGUGCUGGGCAUAGGAGCCCACUUUACCACGUUCCCUCCCUUCAUCUUUGCACGAAGACUGGCAGGGAUCCAAGCAGCUGUGAAGGCCCUGCUGGACCGGGAACCCAGUACUCUGGUCAUCAUCAAACUGGCCAAUACUGGCUACAAAUCUGUGUAUGGCAGUGACUGGCUCACACUGCAGGUGAACCGCUUGCUCCGCGCUGCCUUCGCUGGUCUCCGAGUGGCCUUUGUGGAUGCGUGGGAAAUGACCUCCAGCCUGGAUGUGCCAGACAGCAUCCACCCAAGGAAGUUUAUUGUUCGAAAUGAAGUGGAAUUAUUUCUGUCCUUCAUCUGUCCCACCUGAGUGCUCCUGAGGGAUCUGAGACUGAAUGGAUGGAUGGAGAGCCUGGGUGUGGCCACCAAAAAAAAAAUGGACUCCCAAUUACAGAAAGCUGAAGCUACCCCUGGCCCACCCACUACAAUACUUUGGUUCUAUACUUUAUACAUCUCUCUAUGUACCACAGGGCAAAUAUAGUUUUAUACAAAGGAGA